AAUUGAAAUAAUUUAGAAUCCAGUUUGUCCAUUUCCAGGCUUGUGAGAGUAGGUGGGGGAUAUUGGUGAAGUUAUUUUGAAAGAGGAAUCCUAGAGUUGUAAAAGUAAAGUUUGUUUUGGAAUAAUAAACUGGUUGCAAUUAAAAGAUAAAAUUGAACGAUUUCGAAAACUGCAUACAUAUUAAACCCAUUCUACUGGGUGCUGUUUAUCAUGUAUGAUGUGUAUAUGGUAAGGAUCUCAUCUAUUGUGUCAUUCGUGCCUGCCACAGCUUGGAGUUUCACUAUCUUAUAAUAAUAUGCAAGAAGUUACUGAUGAGAUAAACAAAAAAUAAUUGAUUUAAUCAAAGUUUUAAAAUUUUUGAAUAUUUUUUGUUUGAGUUAAUAUGGGUGUACGUUUAGAUUAUUUUGUAUUCAAUUUUUUUAGAUUAAAAUUUUCAAGUUAAAUUAUUGUGAAUUACUGGUGAUAUAAAUUUAUGAAUGGAUGGAAUAAUAAUGUGAGUAUCAUUUUUCUUCAAAUUCAAAGAAUCCUUAUGGGGUUGAGUGUUUUUAUAUGGAAAAAGCGUUUUUGUUUUGAAAAUAUUUAUGUAGUUAGAGUUGAGGGAUCAUAUUUCUCGACAACAAAUCUAAUUAGGAGAUUUGCAGAAGGAUGGUAUUGGAUUAUGAUUAGCCUUGGAAUGAUGUGACCAUAGCCAUAGCCCAAAGGUACGUAUAUGAGCCCUGUUUAAAUCUGAAUGAUGUCAAAGCUGGGCCUUGAAAGUCUGGAUGUAACGUAAUGUUAUUAUCCAAAUACCCAAAAACCGAAAACACUUUUCACCUAUAUUAUUGAUCUUCAAAUCAAACCCACGACGGAAAAGAACAGAAAAAAGGGAACAGAUCCUUGGAAGAGGAAGAAAAAUGGCGGAGCAUUUGGCGUCGAUAUUUGGGACUGAAAAGGACAGAGUGAACUGCCCCUUCUAUUUCAAGAUAGGCGCGUGCCGUCAUGGGGAUCGCUGCUCGCGUCUCCACACCAAGCCCAGCAUCAGCCCUACUAUCCUUCUCUCCAACAUGUACCAACGGCCGGACAUGAUCACCCCGGGCGUCGACGCCCAGGGUAACCCCAUCGAUCCCCGCAAGAUCCAACAACAUUUUGAGGCUUUUUAUGAGGAUUUGUUUGAGGAGUUGAGCAAGUACGGUCAAAUUGAGAGUUUGAACAUAUGUGAUAACUUGGCUGACCAUAUGGUAGGCAAUGUGUAUGUUCAGUUUAGAGAGGAAGAACACGCUGCAAAUGCAGUAAAGAAUCUUAGCGGAAGAUUUUAUGCUGCCCGUCCUAUCAUUGUUGACUUCUCACCUGUGACGGACUUCCGAGAGGCCACCUGUAGGCAGUAUGAUGAGAAUACUUGCAGUCGUGGUGGAUACUGCAAUUUUAUGCACCUUAAAAGAAUAAGCAGGGAGUUGAGGCGCCAGUUAUUUGGAAGGUCAAAAAGGAGGCGAAGUCAUAGCCGAAGCAGAAGCCCUAACCGGCGUCGUAGUAGCCAUGAUGAGCGCCCUCAUGGUUCACGUGACCAUAGUAGACGGUACAAUGAUAGGGAUAAUUAUCACGAAAGCCGGAGCAGAAGACGCAGAAGCACAAGUCCUGGUCAUCGGAGAGGUCGGAGCAGAAGCCCUGGGGGAAAGAGGAAUCAUAGCCCAAUCCGUGAAGGCAGUGAGGAGAGACGUGCUAAAAUUGAGCAAUGGAAUCGUGAAAGGGAGCAACAGGAAAAUGCAAAUAAUUUUGAGAAAGACGCUGCCAAUAAUAACAACGAGAAUGGUAGCAAUGAAUAUUUGCGGAAUGAUGAUAAGAACUAUCAGCAACAGGAGUAGGCUUCACUUCCAGAAGUCCAUUAAUCCUGAUUAUAUCACCCUGCCUGGUUCAGGUAUUCCUGCUCCUCGGGACUGAGCAAUCAUUUUAAUUGCAACUUUAUCAUGGAAUUUGUGUAUACAGGUAGUCCAUUGGAUGCCAAAUAAACUGGUGGUUUAAAGUAUCUUUUGGGUUUAACUUAAAGAAGAAAACAAGAAGUAGCUGCAACUACUACUCCCUCAACUCUGUUGCAUUGGGUCCUAACCACAAGCAAGGAGUAAUAGUGGUAUUAGCAAAGGCUCUACUUAAUUUGCUAGACGUUAUUUGUUAUAUUUAGUUGUUAACCUGACAAGUUUGGUUUUUGUUGGACCCCCAGAAUCAUGUUUUGUGUUAAGACAUUGAAGGACCUGUUUGUUUUUUGAUUGAAGAAACAUUUGGUCAUUGGUAGUUAUUAAAA